CUUUCUAGUAGAAAGUACGUUGAGCUUCAGUAGUAGUACUUUCUUCGGCCUUACGCUUACUCCACCGCGCGGUGGGGUGGGGUGCACUGUGCAGUGCAAUAUCCAUCUAUCUUGUCAUCGAAUUUUCAAAUUCUGGAUCUUGUACUAAAUUCCCGACAGAACAGGUGGUGCAAUCUCAGAGCAUUCUGCUAUUUUUGGUAUCAAUGGCGGAGGAGAAGGAUGCCACGUCGGUGCCGCUGAGUCAAGGCAGCGGUGUUCACGAAGAAGGACGAGAUCCCGAAGAUCCGCUAAAGCCAGCCCCCAAUUCUCCCGAUUCCUCCACUCGUAGGGCAUGCUGUUUCGUGCUCCAAAGUUGGUUUUCUAAAAAAUUCAUGACUGGAUGUGUGGUGUUAUUUCCGGUGGCUGUUACAUUUUUUGUGACUUGGUGGUUCAUUCAAUUUGUUGAUGGUUUCUUCAGUCCUCUGUAUGCUCAGCUGGGUGUUGACAUAUUUGGACUUGGAUUUGUGACAUCAUUGCUUUUUGUAUUUCUUGUUGGUGUAUUUGUUUCAUCAUGGUUGGGCGCUACGGUUUUCUGGAUCGGAGAAUGGUUUAUAAAGCGAAUGCCCUUUGUGAAACAUAUUUAUUCUGCCUCCAAGCAAAUCAGUUCUGCAAUUUCUCCUGAUCAAAAUAAAACUGCAUUUAAGGAAGUUGCCAUUAUACGCCAUCCUCGUGUGGGUGAAUAUGCAUUUGGCUUUAUCACUUCAUCAGUUGUUCUUCAGGGAGACGACGGAGAUGAAGAACUAUGCAGUGUUUUUGUUCCAACAAAUCACUUGUAUAUUGGAGAUGUGCUGUUGGUUAACUCCAAGGAUAUCAUCAGACCGAAUCUUUCUAUCCGUGAAGGGAUAGAAAUUAUUGUGUCUGGGGGUAUGACGAUGCCCCAAAAGAUCACACCGAUCACCCCAGUGGAUCGUCGAAUUGGUAGGGCAGGUGAAAGAGUUGCCCUGGGCAGACUAAACUAACUAGUUAAGAGUGAACUACUACAAUUGCUUCUUGUGGUUAGUGUUGUGAGCAAAAAAGGAAAAGGGAGGAAUUGAGCAUCAGUGUUAUUAUUAUUAUUUUUAUUUUUCAAUCUCAAUUCUUUCUUCUAAACAGAGUUUAGUACAUUGUAACUCUAUGGUUCUUUUUUAACUGAAGUGUUUUAUAUGUAUACAUAUAUAUAUAUAUAUAUAUAUUUA